GGAAAGCUUGCAAAUGAAUGACAUGAUAACAUCAUAGCAUAGGUACUAACUACUACUGAACACGACAAUGCCGUGAAUAUCCGCACAUCUUUGUUUGGGCCCAAACUUGAAACUUCGCCGCGUCCUUACGUUGUUGUGCAAGGCAAGGCCACCCUGUCACAACUUUGUUAUUUACAAAUUUCAACGAGGAGCAACUUUUGUCUAUGUUCUAUUCUAUGCUAUAUAUUAAACUUUAAAACAGUCCCAGUAUUCAUCCAUCCUUUCCAAAACUGAACCUUUUUUAUUGUCUGUCAUGGGAGAAGAGGUGUCUAACAAAACCGAACCAGAGGACUCUGUUCCUAAAGAGCAUAAUUCCUCUGUUCAGGAAACAGAAUUAGAGAAACCUGAACCUCCAAACGACAAGGUCACUCCUCCUUCUCCAGCUGCUGCUCAAGAGGUUGCAGAUCAUGCUAGUAAAAAGGACACAGAGGAGUCACUUGACAAAGAUGCUAUGCUUGCAAGAGUUGUAACAGAGAAAAGGUUGGCUUUAGUUAAAGCAUGGGAAGAAAGUGAAAAGACAAAAGCAGAGAACAGGGCAUACAAGAGACUCUCUGCUGUUGGAUUUUGGGAGGAUAGCAAGAAAGCAUCAGUAGAGGCACAACUCAAGAAAAUCGAGGAAAACUUGGAAAAAAAGAAGGCCGAAUAUGUUGAGAAAAUGAAGAAUAAAGUUGCUAAAAUCCACCUGUUAGCAGAAGAGAAAAGAGCAGUUGUUGAGGCUCAGAAGAGGGAAGAAUUUAUCGACUUAGAGGAGACAGCUUCAAAGUUUCGUAGCCGUGGAGAUACGCCAAGGAGAUUCUUUGCAUGCUUUAGUGGCUAGGCUUUUACUAUCCAAAUUCUCACUGGAUUGGUUAUAUGUUUUCACAUAUACAAUUAAAUUUUGCUUGGUGUGUUGUUUUUUCCUAUAUACUAUUUAAAUCAAAUCUCAGCAGUUGAUUUGAAGUGCAUGGAUUUCUGUAUAAAUAAGUGAAGAAAUUGUCUCGACAUACUUACAUUUUUUUCUCGUUUAA